GCAGGGAAGAUCUAUUCAUAAAACAAGCACAACCAUUUCCACGUACAAGGAGUAAAAUAUCAAGCUCCUUCUCAUUCCUGGUGAGGGUUUACCCUUCCUAGGCCAGGCUGCUGUGAUUUUUUGUAGGUUUUUUCUCAUCAAAUGGCAUCCAGUUGUCCUCUGUGUGUGUUGUGUGCUGCUGGCUGAGAUGUUCCUGCAGCUGUGAGCAAGGUGCAAGGAUUUGGCCAAUGAGCAGAGCACCCAGGACUGUGGCAGACUGUGGCUAGGAGUGGAGCUCACCUCUUCCAGUGAGGGGUUGGUUGUGUAAGGAGCAGAGCCAGAGAUGGAUGACUGCCUGGAGACCCUGAAAGAUGAGGAGGAGGCUUUGUGGGAGAACGUGGAGUGCAACCGGCACAUGCUGAGCCGCUACAUCAACCCAGCCAAACUGACCCCCUACUUACGGCAGUGCAAAGUCAUCGACGAGCAGGAUGAGGAUGAGGUGCUCAACUCACUCAUGCUGCCCUCCAAAAUUAACAGAGCAGGCCGGCUGCUGGACAUCCUCCACACCAAGGGCCAGAGGGGCUACGUGGUGUUCCUAGAGAGCCUGGAGUUUUACUACCCUGAACUCUACAAGCUGGUGACAGGGAAAGAGCCUACACGGAGAUUUUCCACUAUUGUUGUGGAGGAAGGACAUGAAGGCCUUACCCAUUUCCUAAUGAAUGAGAUCAUCAAGCUCCAGCAGCAGGUGAAGACAAAAGAUGUGCAGCGCUGUGAGCUCCUGGCCAAGUCCCGCCAGCUGGAGGAUGAGAGAAAGCAGCUAAAGCUGAACAAGAUAGAGCUGCUGACCUUCCAGGAGAGAUACAACAAGAUGAAGGAGGAGAGGAAUAACUACAAUGAUGAGCUGGUCAAGGUGAAAGAUGAGAACUACAACCUGGCCAUGAGAUAUGCCCAGCUGAGUGACGAGAAGAGCAUGGCUGUGAUAAGGAGCCGGGACCUGCAGCUGGAGAUUGACCAGCUGAAGCAUCGCUUGAACAAGGUGGAAGAGGAGUGCAAGCUGGAGAGGAACCAGUCCUUGAAGCUGAAAAAUGAUAUUGAAAACCGACCCAAAAAGGAACAGGUUCUGGAGCUGGAGAGGGAAAAUGAGAUGAUGAAGACUAAAAUCCAGGAGUUACAGUCCAUCAUUCAGGCUGACAAGAGGGGUUUGCCAGAUUCAGACAAAGCCAUUUUGGAUAUCCUGGAACACGACCGUAAGGAGGCACUGGAGGAUCGCCAUGAGCUGGUCAACAAGAUCUUCAAUCUCCAAGAGGAGAUUCGUCAUGUGGAGGACUUGAGAGACAAGUAUCUUGAGGAGAAAGAAGAUUUGGAGUUAAAGUGCUCAACACUAGGAAAAGACUGUGAGAUGUACAAGCACCGCAUGAACACGGUGAUGAUACAGCUGGAAGAGGUGGAAAAGGAGCGGGACCAGGCGUUCCGCUCGCGUGACGAGGCUCAGACCCAGUACUCCCACUGCCUGAUUGAGAAGGACAAGUACAGGAAGCAGAUCCGGGAGCUGGAGGAGAGGAACGACGAGCUGCGGAUCGAGGUGGUGCGCAAGGAAGCGUGCAUCGUCAACCUGGAGUGCAAACUGCGGCGCCUCUCCAAGGACAGCAACUUCCUCGACCAGAGUUUGCCACGGAAUCUCCCCAUCACCAUUAUCUCCCAAGCCUUUGAGAGCUCUGGCCCAAAAGCCAAUGGUCAGGAAGCCGAUGACUCCUCCACUUCUGAGGACUCUCCAGAAGACAACAAAUUCUUCUUGCCUGAUCAAGUUCGUCUCAAGAGAAGAGUGAACCUAAAGGGGAUCCAGAUAAGUCCAAGAGCUAAAUCUCCUGUCAGCAUGAACAAAACAUCAGAGUUUCAAGCAGCCAGAGCGCAGGAUGAAGAUGGGGCCGAGGGCAGCACUGGCCGCACGGACACGAGCUCCUCUGUGUCCAUCAGCAACUCCAUCAGCAGCUGUGAAGUCACCAAGAUUCAAACCCUGCGGAACCGCAACGACAGCAUCAUGUCCACCACCCCCGAGCCGCCCGGCAACGACUCCAUCGUGCGGCGCUGCAAGGAGGACACCCCUCACUGCAGCCUGGUUGAAGAGGACAAUGACAGUUUUGGAUGUGAUGCUUUGGAGAUGGAUGAUGACAGUCAUGACAGGCAUUCACAUGGAGCUCCUUCAGUGCACUCUUCCUCUUCUUCUCACCAGUCAGAAGGCCUGGAUGCCUAUGAUCUUGAGCAUGUCAACUCCAUAUUUAGAAAGUUCUCUCUGGAAAGACCCUUCCGUCCCUCUGUCACGUCCGUGGGCCGCAUCAGGAGCUCGUGUCACACGGUGCAGCGCGUGACGCUCAACGGGGACAGCCUCAACUCAGAGAUCACCCUGCUGGGGGGCAAUGACAAAGGCAGCUUCGUCAGCUCGGUCAAGACAGGCUCCCUGGCAGAGAAAGCUGGCCUUCGGGAGGGGCACCAGAUCCUCCUGUUGGAGGGCUGCAUUAAAGGGGAAAAUCAAAGUGUUCCUUUGGAUACUUGCACAAAGGAAGAAGUUCACUGGACAAUUCAGAGGUGCAGUGGUCCAGUGACACUCCAGUAUAAAUCAAAUCAUGAAGGGUACCGCAAGCUGCUGUCGGAGCUGGAGGAGGGGCUCAUCACCUCGGGGGACUCGUUCCACAUCCGCCUCAACCUGAACAUCUCCAGCCAGCUGGACUGCUGCUCCCUGUCCGUGAAAUGUGAUGAGAUUGUCCACAUUCUGGACACCAUGUACCAGGGCAGGUGUGAGUGGCUGUGUGCCAGGGUGGAUCCCUUCACUGACAGGGACCUGGAGAUGGGGACCAUUCCCAGCUACAGCAGAGCCCAGCAACUCCUUUUGGUGAAGCUGCAGCGGUUGAUGCACAGAGGAAGCAAAGAUGAGACAGAAAACUCCUACAACACCCUACGGGCCCUGCGGAAUACAUUGCAGCCAGAGGAGCCUGCCCUGCAGAGUGACCCCAAAACCAGCCCUCGCCUAUCCAGAGCAAGCUUUCUUUUGGGCCAGAUUUUACAGUUUGUCAGUAGGUCUGAGAACAAAUACAAACGAAUGAACAGCAACGAGCGGGUCCGCAUUGUCACAGGCUGGCCCUCAGGUCUGGCACUGAGCUCAUCCGAAGGGAAGAAGCAGCUGCCUGAUAAACUGGAAGAUUUGGAUUCAGAGAGUGAACUGGACAAGAAGCUCAGUCUGAUCCCUUACAGCCUGGUGAGACCCAUCCACUGCGAGCGCAGGCGCCCCGUGCUCUUCACCCCCACCAUGCUGGCCAAGCCCUUGGUGCAGAAGCUUCUCAACUCUGGAGGUGCCCUGGAAUUCAACAUAUGCAAGCCAGAUAUUGUAACAAAGGAAGAGUUCUUAAGGAAGCAAAGGACAGAGACUGUCAUCUUCAGCAGAGAAAAGAAUCUGAACACGUAUGAAUGUAUUGUACCUGCCAACAUCGAGGCUGUUGCUGCCAAGAACAAGCAUUGUCUCCUGGAAGCUGGAAUAAGCUGCACGAAGGAUUUAAUCAAAGCCAAGAUAUAUCCUAUUGUUCUCUUUAUAAGAGUCUCAGAGAAAAACAUCAAGAGGUUCAGGAAACUGCUGCCAAAGCCAGAGACUGAGGAUGAGUUUUUACGGAUGUGCCGCCUGAAGGAGAAGGAACUGGAGGCACUGCCCUGCCUUUAUGCCUCUGUGGAGGCAGAGGCUUGGAGCAGCAUUGAGGAUCUCAUCCGGACAAUAAAGGACAGGAUCGGGGAGGAGCAGCGGAAAACCAUCUGGGUGGAUGAGGAUCAGCUAUGAAAGCCCUCAGGAACACGGAGCUCUUUGGUGAGGAAAGGACACGUCCAGGUGGAGCAGGGCUCCUCAGAAUCCUCUGGUUGGGUGCCCAGAGCUCACUCCUGUUUCACCCUUGCUGCUGGGGCACUCCCUGCGGGCAGGAUGCAUGUCUGGAACGGGACUGGAGUUGUGUUGAAGAGCCAGAGUCUCAGAUGCUGGGAUCCAGGCUAUGGGGCCACCACAAUUUCUGAUCCACUGGCAUUUCUUAAGGGACAGCACCUGCUUAACAAGUGAGGACAAAGAUCUUGAGCAGGAGCUUGGGGUAAUUUAUUAUGUUCAAAAUAUGUGGAAUCUGAAAGGGAUAAGGCAUGGGGAUUGGGGUGCAGAAUGUGGAAUUGAGAUGUGCCCCACACCUCCCUGAGAUGAGAUUCUGAACAUACCCAGCUGAGGAAGCUGAAGGCUGGUUGGGAGCAGCAGCAACACAACUGCUGAUGGACAGAGCAGCUCUGUAGCCCUGGUUCUCCACAGCCAUUUUCAGCCUUUUUAAUCAAAAGAGAAGAAAAUAACUAUUCCUCCUGGCAUUAACUAAAAUGAAAAUUUUCUCUUUCUUUUGAAACCCCAGUUUUAUUUAACAGUUUCGCAGGUUUCCUUUGUAGUCCUGGCACUUACAGGAAAACAGACUUCACUGUCCCAGUGGCACAUCAGAUCUUUCCACAUCUGCCAACAUUUCAUUUAGUUUAUCCCUGCCUCUGCAUUGUAUUCAUUUGUACAUCCCUCAGUUUUUAACAUCUUUUUACUCAUGGAAAAUACCACGGUGCUUUCUUCAGACAACAGGUUUCUCUGUUUCUUCACUGAAAUAUUUCUCUACAACAUCAUUGCCUGCCAACAUGCCCGCUCUCAACAGGAGGGACUAUUCUUAGAAGAAGAAAAGGAGGAUAUCAUAAGCCAGUAAUUGCUGUGAACCACUCAGUCCUUGACCUGUGUGCCAUGAGCAGCAGCGAGGAGCCCGGCGGGCACCGCGCUGAGCUGUGGCCAAGUGGGAUAAUGCUUCCACAAGUGUGUGUAGGGCUGAGCACACCAUGUCCCAUUUUCAAAAGCACUUAAGUCCUCAAAGAGUUUAAGUCCCACUGCUCAUGAGUGUGACUUAUACUCCUAAAUCUCUUCAGGCUUUGAAAUCUUUCCUCUCGGCAUUAGACACUGUACUGAGAUUGCCAAAUUGAUCCAAUAAAACUGACCCGAUAAUAAUGACUCGCGCAAUUGCUGAUCUGAAAUGCAAUAAAAAUUGACCUACAGAUGAAGAGUGGUCCAUCCCAUUGUCCUUAGAUCCUUCAUUCCUUGCCAUAUCCCUUCCUUUUAAGAUGCAUUUAAUAACAAAUUUCCUUUCCUUCUGCAUUCAUCCUCAGUCCCCCAUCUCGGUGCUGUGGGCUGAUGUGCA